CGCUCUGCGGAGUCUCCAUAACAUUGUCAGCCGAUUUGCACGGAUUGUCGGUCUGGAUAAGACCGAUAUCCCACUUGCAGUGUACAAAGGAUCCUUUGGUGAAAAGUUUUUCAUCCACAGCAAAGUCAUUGCUUCCACCCUUUGGACCUUGGCCAAGAAGACUUACAACCUGACUGAUCGCGAUCUUCAGCGACAUCACAAAUAUACGUCCCACUCUCUUCGAGCUGGGGCGGCAGUGAUCCUUCACGCAGCGGGAAUCAACGCUAUCCAGAUCAAAUUUCUCUUGCGCUGGCGCUCUGAUUCCUUUUUCCUUUACCUUCGCAAUGUCGCACACCUUUCGGAGCAACAAAACCGGGCAAUUGACCAACUUGCCUUGGCUACUCAGUCUGAAGUGACUGCAGCUCGCGCUGCUUCUCAACUCAUACCAAACCUUGUUUAG